AAAAAAAACGGCGGGGAAUCGGCUCCUCUGAUUCACUACCAAGCAUCGGGUCUUUUGCGCAUGACACAUCACUAGCUUUCACUGACUGUGACACGGGAAUGUCCUUCCCUGACGUCUUGGAUGCUCACGGGUGAUAAAGGUGCACCGGACCAGUGUGAGGUUCAGGAGUGGAUGACUGCGGACGGCCCGUCGGCGAGCUCUGAGCUGGCUGAUCUCAGAGCGAAGAGGGAACCUUAUUCCGGGUGAAUGCGAGGGAGUUUUCGCAGGACUGCGGCCUUGGAGGCGUUUCGAUUCCUGAGAUGUCAGUCAAACGAGCCGAUGGGAUGUCCAUCGCCCAGGCUUUGGCCAUGACCGUCGCCGAGAUACCGGUCUUUCUCUAUUCCACAUUCGGGCAGUCCAUAUUCUCCCAGCUCAAGCUGACCCCUAACCUGAAGAAAGUGCUGUUCGCCACGGCGCUGGGCAGCGUGGCCCUGGCACUCACCGCUCAUCAGCUGAAACGGCGGGGGAGGAAAAGGAAGCAGGCAGCGCAAGGGAAGGAUGGCCAGAAGACGGUGGGAAUACCCGAGGCUCUCAUAAGGACAGGAAGACCCUCAACGUUAAAGAAAGGUCAGUUUAAUGGCCGACAGAUGAUGAGUCCCAGCACUCGGAGCAAUGACACCAUGAGUGGAAUUUCCUCCCUGGCUCCCAGUAAACACUCGAGUUCGUCACACAGCCUAGCGUCGAUGCGAGUCCCGAGCUCCCCCAAUCAGUCCGCCAACGCUUCCACCCCCUGGGAGACAGAGCCCGUGGCGGAAGAGUCAGCGGUCGUAGAGGAUGCUAAUGCAGAGAAUCUCUAUUUAAUGGGAAUGGAGCUGUUUGAGGAAGCUCUACAAAAGUGGGAGCAGGCCCUGAAUAUUCGGCACCACACCCACUCAACCUCCAGCAACAACAGCCUGGCUCUGCAGGGGGCGGCGUGUGCAGACGUCCCCAUGGUUGAAACUCGUAAUAAAGUGUUUGCUGAGAAGUUAGAGACGUUGCUGCACAGGGCGUAUCACCUCCAAGAGGAUUUCGGCAGCACUAUCCCAUCAGACAGUGUGCUGGCAGACUUCGAAAGUGAAGGAACUCUUAUCCUGCCUCAAGUGGAGAGUUUCCACAGACUGCAAGAUGACGACGCGACUACUGUUACCUCCGAUGACUCCUUCUUCUCGGCUGCAGAGCUGUUUGAUUCCUUGUCUCUGGGGGAGGUCUAUCAGUCGCUUAAGCCAGCAGCUCUUUAUGAGGAAGCCCUGUCUCUGGUCCGGGAAGGCAAAGUAUCCUAUAGGUCCCUGAGGACUGAAUUACUUGAAUGUUACGGCGACCAAGACUUCCUCGCCAAGCUCCACUGUGUCAGACAAGCAUUCCAGGUCCUGUUGUUGGAUGAAGCUCACCGCACGUUUUUCAUGGAGACCGGAAAGCAAAUGAUUGCUGGGUUAAUGGUGAAGGCAAACAAGAGUCCUAAAGCCUUCCUAGAGAGCUACCAGGACAUGCUGCUUUACACCCAGAGAGAGGAGACGUGGCCCGUCAGUAAGAUGGAGCUGGAGGGCCGAGGGGUUGUGUGCAUGAACUUUUUCGACAUAGUGUUGGACUUCAUCUUGAUGGACGCGUUUGAGGACCUGGAGAGCCCCCCCUCCUCUGUGGUAGCUGUGUUGAGGAACCGCUGGCUCUCUGACAGCUUCAAAGAGACGGCUCUGGCGACCGCCUGCUGGUCUGUCCUGAAGGCAAAACGGCGCCUCCUCAUGGUUCCUGACGGGUUUAUCUCCCACUUCUACGCCAUAUCAGAACACGUGAGCCCAGUUUUAGCUUUUGGCUUCUUGGGACCGAGGCAGCACCUGAGUGAAGUUUGCACAAUCUUCAAGCAACAAAUCGUGCAGUACCUUAAGGAUAUGUUUGAUCACGACAAGGUGCGCUUCACCUCCGCUCAGUGCUUGGCCGAGGACAUCCUGAAACUCUCGCACCGCAGGAGUGACAUUUUACUGGGUUACCUGGGCAUCGAGAGCGUGCAGGAGCUCAACGGCGCCCUGCCCAGAGACACGGAGGGGUGUUCGGGGACCAGCUCCGACAACUAGGCUCGCUCACUGAGGGCUUCACUGUGCUCGACACAUGUGGGAACGGCGAGGAGCCGCAGCUCGACACUCGAUUCACACCCGGACCUGGACUCAGUCACGCUCCAGAGACACACUGCGAACCAGCAUUAUUCAUUUAUCCACCCGUGUUCAUUAGACACCACCAUUGUAAUCGGAUGUAUCUUCACCGGUGUCUCCUGCUGACGAGGGGAGACCUUCUGUGACUCCUCCCCUCUGUCGUGUUGCUGCUGCGUUGGAGAAAAACGGACUGUAACGCAAUCACACACCUGUGGGGACUCGUCCCCGACUGGACCUUCUACACUAUCAGCACACCAGUCUCUUCAGACAGCAUCAGCUGUGGGGAACAGAGCGGGAUGUCAUCGCCACUAGUCAUUAUUACGUGAAAAGAAAAUGCUGUGAGAGGUGAUAUUGUGUGUUUCUAUGUUUUAUAUUUAAAAAAAAAAAACUAAAAAGGGAAAGAGAUUUGUUAACACCACGACAAUUCCUGAGAACCUGGGCCGGCUGAAGAUAAAUGGCUUCGUCCCUCCACUUGUUUUCUAUUUUUAUUUCUUUUUUUGUUUGUUUGGUUUUAUUGAGCAGACUAAGAUGCUCCACACCCAAAAAAAAAUUCUACUUCCUCUAAACCUCGGAUUUGAUCCUCCGGUUGACUAUUAUCAGUCUUAAAUGGCACAAAAAGAACUCCCACUACACACAACAAAAAAAAUACAAAGUGUGAAAACACCCAGGGCAUCAUUCCCAGCUCGGAAUAAAAGACAGAAAACAAAUAUCUUCAGUACACUUGAGCGGUCUCAGGGAGGAACGAGAAGCUUGAAAUCAAUAUUGGCUACUUGCGGACCUUUUUUUUUUUCCCAAAUGUUUCAUCUGGUUCAGCUACUUGAAUCCGAAUACUUGCACCUAAAUUCUAAAACCUGCUAUAGUACAGAUUAGAAAAGUAUAUGAGUAGUUUUAACCAAAAGUAUCACCAAAACGGUGUGGAACAAUCAAACUUCCUCGUUUAUUGUUCAUUGGUGUAGCGUUAAAGUAAAGCUGGCUGUAGAUGAAUAGUUUUCACCUAAUAAGCCUUUGUCUUGACUCGACGUAGCAAACCCGUUUGUUGCUAAUAUCGUUACUGGAGGCUCCGUUAGAUUCAAACUCAGAAAUAGACCCGUUCAGUAGUUUUUUUUUUUUUUUUUUUUUACCGGUUGCAUUCCAUUUAGGUCAGCCACCCAGCUCCAGGGCCUGGGUCGCAUGCACUCGCUAACCUGGUUUACUAAGCCACCCGUUUAUUUUGUUUAUAUCUGUGCUUUUCCUUCUGUGACGAGUCAAGACGUCUUUUUGCGACCGCACGAAAGGUGUGCGACUCCGGUCUCGGUGUAUAUAUAGACAUAUAUAUAUAUAUAUAUAUAUAAAUAUAAAAAACAACCUGUUGUGCGUCUCUAAAAUUAGUUUCUAUUUUUCCAACACGCGUUUAAAAACUGACAUGGCCUCUAAAUGAAUCCGUGCCAUCUACUGUAGUCGUCUAAGGACACGUCAUUGUAGUUAAAUCUGUGUGCGUGCACUGAUUGUGAGUUCUCUUUGGUUUCCUCAGAGUUAAACCGAGGUUUCCUUUGCAAUCCUAACAUGCGUAGUAACUCCACACUUCUGUACAGGCAGAUUUGUGUUAUGCAGAUUGUAGUUUACGUCUAGGCGACUGACAAAAACUGAAUUAUCUAAAUGAAAUAUAGCGAAAACAUUAUUUAUUAUUAACCGUAUAGUGUCUAUACCAAAUGAUCACUUGUGUUUCGCAGCUCAAAGGAUGUUUUAAUUUAAAUAAUUUAUCAUACAGAAUAGCAGAGAUCAGCGUUGUGUUACUUGUGUGUUUUUUUUUUGUGUGGCACUGAUAAUCUAAUGCCUCUUAAAAGUUUUUUUUUUUUUUUAAAAACUGUACUGGCUGUAUGAAGGGUCAGUAUUGUUGGAUCACUUUUGUGUUUGUGUUUCUGUCAAACGUGAACGAGGACGACAAACUGAGCUUUUCCGUAAAAAAGAUCCCGUUCCCCGUUUCCGACCGACGUGCAGCUUUGUGUUCUCGAGCAUUUUGCACUUUAGCAAAAAAAAAAAAAAAGAUGCAGGAAUGUCCACUGAUGAUAAUAAAUCAGCUUGAGAAUUCACAUGUACAGAAAUGACAUAUUAUUGAUACUAUAGAGCAUAAAGACAAAUUAUCUCUCCCAGAAAACAAUAUUAUGGAAAUGGUUUAUUGUAGACGUUAUCCUAGGUUUUGUUUAAGUGUGCGCCUUUAAAAUAUUCUAAAAAAAUAUUCUCUGCUUGUGGUCUGAUCCGUAAUGAACUUCUUUAAAGAAAUGCGUUCUCACUUUGUUUUAGUCCUGGUAUUGUAGAGUAUGUAUCAUGCAGGCAAAUGCAGUAAUGGAAAAUGCUCGUGUCGAGUCUUGUGUUCACAGAUUGGUCGGCUUUCUCUGUGACGGUAGAUGACUCUUUGCAUGUUAACAGUGUAGAUUCUCCGAUAUGCAUCCUCAUGCGACAUGUAGACCCGGGGUUCAGGCAUUUAAAAGUUAGGCUGAAGAAAAAAAGUAUUUAGCAAGUUUCGAAUGAUUUGAAAGAGGUUAGGAUAGAUAUAUUGUAGAGGUUUACAUUGAUUUCAUAUGGCCAAAAUGUGGAAAGGUUUUCUUUUCUGACAGUCACCGUUGUUCAUUACAUUAAGUGUCCUCUCCAUGCCUUUUUGUCUUUUCUACUGUUAAAUUUACGAUGCCAGCACAAACUGUAAAUCGACUUUAAUUCUCCAUAUUAAAUGGUAUUUUUUGUUAUUAAAUCAAAAAACGUUUAUUUUGCCUUUUCCCAACUGA